UCAAUACCCAAUAGUUAUUAUUUGUAAUAAUAUUUUAUUUAAAAUUUAAAAAGUAUUGUUACAGUAGAGAACGUUUUACUAUAAAUAUUUACACAAAUAUUUUGUAUUAUUUUUGAUCGUAUGGUAUAUAUCGUAUUUAGUAUGGCGUAAUACGUCGUAUCAUAUUAAUUAUUAUUGCUGCUACACUAAAUAAAACGAAUUUUCUGUACCUUUACUAAUAAUAUGGCGCAUUUACAAUUUGUUGAUGAGUUAGUGCGUGAAUAUUUGUUAUUCAGAGGUUUUAGUGCUACUGUGAAAACGUUUGAAAAUGAUUUAAAAGUUGAUAAAGAUAAAGGUUUUAGGGUAGACAAAAUUGUAGAACAAAUAAUACACUACAUAAAUGUAUCAGACUUAACUGGGCUUAAAGAUUAUUGGGCACAUCUUGACAGCCUAGUGUUCUCGAAACUCGAAGUUCAUGUUCAACCUGCUGUGCGUAAAAUAGAGUACAGUUUGUACAAAAUCUACCUAGUUACUGCUACACAAAACACCGGUGGUGUCAAGAAUGAAAAAGUUGCCGAGUUCCUUUCAAAAAUGCUUUCUGAGUUACAAGGGCAACCUGAAUGGAGGGACUGGUUUAUGCUUCCAUAUAUCCAGAAACCAGAGGAUAAUCCAAUAUUCAGUCUUUAUUUCACAAGAGGUUGGCAGGACAGUGUGUUAGUCUCACUUCACAAUUUGCUAUCAACAAUAUUUAUGUGUAUGCCUCAGCCGACUCUUACUAGCUAUGAAAGUGAUGCAGCUAUGGUGAAAAGACUGCAGGAAGAACUUGCAGCAUUAAAAGGGAAAAACCCACAAAAUUUCGAAAAAAUAUCACCAUGUGGACAUCAGUCACGCUUAGCUCAGUAUUCAGAGCGACUCAGUGGUCCCCUGCCACUCAUUGAUGACUUCUCAGCAAUUCCCGCUGAGCAGCUUGAUAGUGGAAUAAGAGAGGCACGAGGGCUAAGAGGACUUUUACGACAAAUGGGUGGCAGCCCAGUCAUGGGGAGGAAGUCUGGGAGAUCUCAAAGUCAAAAUUAAUCAAUUAUACGUAUUUACAUAUUUUUAAUUUAAUUAUUUUAAGGUUAACUUGUAAUUGUGUAAUUAUUAAGUAUCUGUUGAUUAAGUUUUAAAUUAAACUGAAAAGAUAAAUACACA